UGGAGGAGUAGGCAGACAGCUCCGUCAGGAGCAAGGAGUGAUCAAAGGUGAGAGUCUACACACUGGGAAGCUCAAGAUGGUCCUGAGCGGGGCGCUGUGCUUCCGAAUGAAGGAUGCAGCAUUGAAAGUGCUUUACCUGCAUGAUAAUCAGCUUCUAGCCGGAGGCCUACAAGCGGGGAAGGUCAUUAAAGGUGAGGAGAUCAGCGUUGUCCCCAAUCGGUCUCUGGAUGCCAAGCUUUCUCCAGUCAUCCUGGGCGUCCAGGGUGGGAGCCAGUGCCUGUCAUGUGGGACAGGGCAGGAACCAACCCUGAAACUAGAGCCAGUGAACAUCAUGGAGCUCUACCACAGUGCCGAGAAGUCUAAGAAAUUCACCUUCUACCGCCGGGACACGGGGCUCACCUCCAGCUUUGAGUCAGCUGCCUACCCAGGCUGGUUUCUUUGCACGGUGCCUGAAGCUGACCAGCCUCUACAGAUCACCCAACUCCCGAAGGACCCCAGCUGGGACGACCCCAUCACCGACUUCUACUUCCAGCAAUGUGACUAGGGCAGUGUGUCUCCAGGGCUCCCUGCAGGCCAGCUCUGGCAGGGGCUGGAGGUGUCGGAGGACACCCGUGGCGUCACUCUGCCUCUGACUCUGCUCUCACGGCCCCCACUUUUGAGGGCUGGGCAUAUGCCAGUCUUCCUGCACUUGUUUCCCAGUUUGGGUAAAUCCUUCUGAGAUCUGGGGCUUUCUACAGUUUCCUCUUCUGCUGAUUGGCACUACUGGUGUGAAUUCUUGAAAAAGCCCCAUGAAAUACACCUGUCAUGAGUCAGGGUCAGGGGAGUGGUGGGAACCCUCCAUGCUUUGUGAUAAACUACCUGGUAGCUGUUAGCCCCACAGGGCAGCACAUCUCUGGUUGAGCCUAUCAGGGCCACCAGCCUGCCACACGAGGGCCCCACUGUGCAGAAGAGGGAGAGUGUUCAUAGAGCUGAAGACUCAGACCCCGCCCCCUUCUCUUUAACUCAGCCGCCAUCAUCUGCUGCCUUUUCCAUCUCUGCCUUCAUGUUUCAACCAUGGAUGGGAGAGGGUAGUGGUGUCUGAGGAAGUGGCUCCAACUCAGAAGAUGGAAAAAGGGCAUGUCAUACCUUUUGAAAUACAAGGUACGAUUAAAAUCCAAGAUACUGAUGUGUCUUCACACGGAAAGAUGCUCAUGACAUAUUGAGCAAGAAAAAUGAGUUACAAAGUAGCAUAUCUUAUAACUGCAAUUUAAUUAAAAAAAAACCUAUUUAUAUAUAUUUCUGCAUAGAAACAAAAGUCUGAAAGAGUUGACUUCCAUUUUAGCAAUGUCAGGGUAAUGCUAUUAGAGGUGAUUUUUCUUUCCUUCUUUUUAUUUAUCUGUAUUUUCUAAUUGUUCUACAACGAAGCUGGAGUGACUGAUGAUUUCCAGUCGCUUGGUAUUCAUGCCCCACCUCUGUGCUCCCUCCCACAUUCAACCACAGUUGUUUCCAUGACCAAUAGAACACAACGGAAUGUUAUGUUCUAUUAACAACACGUAACAACACAAUGUUAUGUAGCUUGUCAGAUUAAGUUAUAAAAGACACUGUGGCUUCUAUCUUGGUCUGUUUCUUUGUUCACUUGCUCUGGGGGAAGCCACCUGCUAUGUGUGAGCAGCUCUAUAAGGAGACCCAGUGGUGGAAAAUGAAGGCUCCUGACAAUGGCCACACAAGUGACCUUGACAGUAGCUCCGCCUCCAGCCCAGCUAGGCCUUCAAGUGCUGCGCCUCUGAAUGACUGUAACCUAGUGAGCUACUGAAGCAGAACCACCCAGUGAAGCUCAGCCCAGUCCUUAGGAACCCUGAGAAAAUAAGUGUUCCUGCUUUAUGUUGUUAAGGUUUGGGGUCAGGUCACCUGUUAUCCAGCAAUACAUGGCUAGUAUGGAGGGGAAGAGAAAUAAAUCAUUAUGUUAUUAUGAUUGCAA